GCCCCUCGCUGCACCAUCACUCCCCAGAUAAGUUGGAAGCUCUGCAUCCGUACCCAGGUCAAGAAGGAGAAUAAACCAUUUCCCACUUUCAACUUUCUUACCACGAUAUAUCCAUCACAAUGUCGAACCCACCCCAUCUCCUUGUACCUCGUGAGCCAACCAAAACAUCCCUCAACGUCCAGCAACCCAUAGCAGAACAACUACAAUCUCCACUCUUCAGCCAAAUCCCCGCUGAACUUCGCAACCACAUAUUCAAGCUCGCCCUACAGCCCUACCAAGAUCCUCUCGAUUUCUACCCUCGAGAAACCUAUUACACCCGUCCUGGCACAUUGGGCAAGUCGAGGAUCGCCACCGAGUUGCUCUGCACGUGCAAGAGGAUCUAUCUUGAAACGAAGGACCUCCCACCGCAGCACGACACGACCGUGACGUUCUAUGGCGGGGAGUCUGAGCGUGUGCCGAGACACUACAUAUCCGUCGGGGACAUGCUCGUCCCGACUUGGUUCCAAAAGCUGUCUGCCUCGCAGGUUGGCGAGAUUCAGCAUCUGAGGCUUGUAUCACAGCUCUAUGCCUUCAAGGCAAUGUGCAGUGCUGUAUUCUUCGACCCUUUUAGCCGAGAAGAUAAGCGUGGCGCUUUGGCGCCGAGCACCGUCACCAUCACGAUUCGGUAUACGGACUUCUGGGGCUGGGAGCAUGAUGUCAUGCUCCACUUGCGCGGCUUGGAUCCCACGAGUCUGGUGGUGCCGGAGUCAGUCACGAAGAUUGAGCUGGAGCUUGAGCAGCGAGAGGGGAAGAGGGAGGACUUGGAGGGGAUUAUUGCGGGGAUCCCGGAAGAGAAGGAGCACUGGAAGUUUAAGAGGAAGGAUGGGAGGUUCCUUGUUGUUCAGGAUGACGUGAGGGAGUGGAGAUGGAUAGGGCCUACAAAGUUUAUCGGGAUCACCCAUUGGCAUCAUCCUAAGGGGAACGAAAUGCCCAUGUUUGUCAAAGUCCUAACAUUUCUGCUGCAAGAAGAUCCCUACCAAGGUCGUAUAUAAAGUGACAGUGGGCAGUGAAAAGCAAGACUGAGAGCUUCCAAGGAGAUGGAUUCAAAUCAUUCCAACUGUUUUCUCCAGCAUUUCUUACUCAAUACUAAAGAGUGUUUCAUUAUUCCAAAUCAAAAUCUAUAUUACAAAUACAGUUAUGUACUUCUUCU